AUGCCGCUGCUAUCAGCCGACAAUGGCGACACGAGCAGGAGUGCCAGCCGGCAGCGUGCGCGCACCGAAGUGGCCGAGCACAGGAGCAUGUGGGACCGCCUCAACUUCCAGAAGAUCGGCUCCUGGCUGAAGAAGGACGAGCACACUCCGCCGCCCUCGCCCACCAAGUUUGCCAAGCAGGCGGCUGGUGCCAAUAAAGAGAACAAGGAGGAGAAGAAGGAGAUGAAGAGGCCGCACUCGAGUGGUGGGCUGCUGGGGAGGAGAGGCAGCAAGAAGGUCAUCCCAGGGCUGCCUAGACCCCUGACCUUUAAGCGCAUGCAGAGCGAGAAGAGAGACAAUCUGCUCGAGGUACCCGAGACCGAACCACGAAGAGCUGUCUCGGAAGACCGCAAGAGCUCCGUCCCCUCGAAACGAAACCCCUCGCCGCCUCCAAUGUCCAUGCCUUCCAUGUCUGCCCCUGACGUCCUGAGUCCGAAUGAGAGCAACAGUGAGAAGGAGAAGGAAGCGGCUGAGUCAUUUGCAGAUAUAAAACGCGGGGAACGCACAAUUGGCGGAGGACCCGACUCCAACAUACCCGCAGGCGCACGGCAGGUGGAUUACGGCAUAGAAGAACCUGAAGACUACAUGUCUGCCGGCGAAAUGUCCACCGUCGAGGGGCCGCCUCCAGUAGGGAGGCCGCCGCCCCCGCCCCUGCCGCCAAUGGAGGUAGCCGAUGCUUUCUCGGAACACGGCUCGCAUCGCUCAGGCUCGGACAUUGACGAUAUACAGUUACAGGAGGAGCUCGAGGCCAAGUGGAUCCUGAACCUCAGCAUGCACUUCCGAGACAUGUCGGAUCGCGAAAAGUUCUUCGUCACAUUCGCCGAGCAGCCAAACAAAUGGAGGAGAGUUACAGUAUCGUGCGACUACAGACACCUAGAGCCCGACUCACUCGAGUCUGAUCUCAAGACGCUGCACUACCAGCGCGAUAAGAGCUCCCGAAUCUACGAAGCGAUCCGUGACUCCUUGGCGAGCAUUCAAUUUUACGAUACUGUCACGAAUCUCAAGCUCGAAACAACGGAUGGUCAACUCCAUGUGCACGUUACUGAGGAUAUUAAUGAGAUCAUUCCGUACCCAUCCACGUCAGCAAUCGAGCACCUAGACUGCAAGCGCUUCCGGGAGAACGCAGUCACCUUCGACUCUCACAUCUCAGGCUUCGUGUACAAAGUCUCGGUCAAUAACAGGACAUACAUCAAGAAGGAGAUUCCCGGCCCAGAUGCAGUCGAAGAGUUUCUGUACGAGAUCAAUGCUUUGAUCAGCGUGCAAGAAUCCAAAUGCGUCAUCAGAUUCGAAGGUGUGAUAGUUGACGAGCAGAACGAGCUUAUUAAAGGCCUGCUAAUCAGCUAUGCUGAGCAAGGCGCGUUGGUGGAUAUGAUCUAUGACUUCAAGCCAACAGGCCAACUUUACUGGGAGCGACGUGAACGAUGGGCACGACAGAUCAUCGAAGGUUUAUCCGAGAUCCACGAAGCCGGCUUUGUACAAGGCGACUUUACACUCUCCAACAUCGUCAUAGACAACGACGACAAUGCGAAAAUCAUUGAUAUCAACCGUCGCGGCUGCCCUGUCGGCUGGGAACCACCUGAGCUAGCCAAGCUUAUCGAAAGCGGACAACGAAUAUCGAUAUAUAUUGGUGUUAAGUCGGAUCUCUACCAACUCGGUAUGGUGCUGUGGGCGCUAGCAGAACAGCAAGACGAGCCGGAGCGCCAGCAAAAGCCACUGACCCGCACACUCGAUCGGCCAAACACCGAUGUUCCAGUGUAUUUUCGCGACAUCAUCAGAGCCUGCCUUAGUGACUCGCCCCGAGCGAGACCAUCAGCAGCAAACCUUCUCAAACGGUUCCCAGAGGAUGUACUAGAUAGAGAUUUUAAGCCCAAGGCUGCUAUCAGAAACAGCGCCUCUACGCACAGGAGCGACAAGGAGUAUAUCGACCCCAGGACGGCAGUUGAUCUCGAGGACAUAUCGAAACACCGCCGCCACUCACGGCAGCAGUCGUCGUUCGAGGAGAUUCAUGUGCCCCGUACAGAGUAUCCCGCAUCUUCUGGCUCAUAUAUCAUUCCCAACAACGGCUCAGAUCGUGGACGCUCCCCUGGCCCUUUGAGCAUUGGCAACAGGACUGGACGGAGUGAAUACUCGCCUUACCCUGCUCACCGUUCCGUCAUGUCGCUCGACGACUCAGAACUUGAGAAUGAGCUUGCAAGUCUACCAGCCAGUCGAGAGACGAGAUGGGAGCAAAUUUACAUCGAUGGUGAUACCAAACUUGUCCAAAGGGGAUGCGCCGACCUUGACGUCCACGACUUUACCACACAGGAGCCGAAAGAUAUACACCUCACCGGUCCACCGAGUGAGAUGGAGAAUUCAUUUCUAGGUAGCAGAUCAGCCGAAGACACUCCUCUAAGGGUCUCCUUUGUCAGUGGGCUCCAGCCAACUGAGCCACAUUCCAUGGAAAGCAGUCUACAAGAAUCGUCUGACCGCGGCCGUGACCGAGAGAUUGGAAACAAGACUUCCUUUAGCAGUCGAGUGCAUGAGCUAUCACAAGGACCACCAGAUCACACCCCCUCGGAGCUAGAUGCUACGCCAGACUACUACGAGGGCCGGCAGUUUCAUAUACCUGAUUCUGCCGUGCUCGCCAACCUGGAGUACGACGUUGCCAUGGACUCUUCCGCUUCCAACACUGCACCCCCAUCACGGGUCAGCACUGGUUUCUCCGUCUUCGACCGUCCGGAAGCCUCGCGGAGAACUGGAACGGGUUUCUCAGUCGCACAAGGAUACCGUAUGCCACUGCAUCAAGAUUCUGGCUUUGGCGAGCCUGAGCGGAGAUCGUUCGAAAGCGAGCGCAUGCGCCAAAGCAUUGAAAGCAUCAAAGACCUAAACUUCUCCAGUGAAGACGAGGCAAGAAUCGACGAGCGGCUAUGGGAUGAGAAAAGUGGCCCAGUAUUUGGCGAUGGUGUCCGUGGAGCUGAGCUAGAGAUUAAGCCAGAGCCCAUACCGAUAUUUACCAUCCCAGCAUCGCCGCAGAAGAAAGAGAAGCAGAAAGAGGCGCGCACAUCGAUGCCGCCUCCACCAAUACCCAGUGUUGGACCGUCAAAUGUACUGAAGGUUGAAGAUGUUCAAGACAAAGCUUUGGAAGAGAAGAACUCGAACACCACCAUCCGACCAGCCAGUAGUCGUACUCCAGUCUCUUCAAACACAGGUCCAAAACCCGUGGAUUCCAUGGAUGUUGUUUCAGCCGAAGCCAAACACAUUUCGAAGAAAGCAUCUAAGAAAACAAGCACUGUCGGCUCAUCAUCUAAGGAUAAGCUGCCACGAAAGGCUUCACAACACGACCCCUUCCUCGAUGACUACAUGUCACCAGCAGAAGAGUCCGACGGUGACGAAGAUGACAAACAUCGCGCAUCGAACGAUCUCUCUGCCUACCUCUCUCAGUCCAUUUCCUUUUAA